AUGUGCGGUUGUGCCACCAAAGUGUCUGGAACAGCCAUGGAACGACACGAAAAGUGGGUGUGAACUUGGGUGAGAAGUAAGUUGACGUCUGAUUUAGCUAGCUAGCUAGCUAGCUAGUUAGCUAGUUUCAUAGCUAGCUGAUAACAUAACGUUACACAGUGACAGCCAGUCAAGCCUGUGGGCGAAGGUUUCAAGUUCAUUAUUCAAUGCAGGGGUGUGCUUGUUGAUUUCAUAUUGUCAUAGUUUGAGUCAAAUAUAUUUAUAAGAAGGAAUAUUCAUAGAAUAUUUGUCCGAGUCCUCCUAAAUCUGCGUUGCAGUGAUUAAUGGUUGAUUGACUCCCAUCAAUUCACUCUAACCUCAAAUGUGUUCUUAUUUCCCCUCUUUUGAAGAAAACUUGAGAUCUCAACAGGGAAACUUGCCAGAUUUGCAGAUGGGUCGGCUGUUGUGCAGGUAUAAAUCGUAAUAAUUUUUUGAGAGUUUGUAAGUGAAUAUGCACAAGAUGCUCAGACCAGUUACUCGGAUGCAUUCCACCUCUUUUUCCAGCUUGGGGAUACAACAGUGAUGGUGACAGCUGUCAGCAAAACGAAACCGUCCCUCUCCCAAUUUAUGCCACUAGUGGUAAGUUAAAGUGGGGUCAUAUAAUAUUUUUCAAUGCCCUUCAAACAUAUUUAAAAGCUGCUUUUAGUCUUCCAUGUGGGACGGUUCAUUAUGUGUGAUUACAUUUUACAUUUACAUUUUAGUCAUUUAGCAGACGCUCUUAUCCAGAGCGACUUACAGUUAGUGCAUACAUUGUGAUAAUCUCUUUAGUGUAGUAGGCUGUUACAUAGUGGUCUUAGGUCCCUUGGAGUGAUUCAGGUCCUUUGGCUAGAACAGUGUGUUUUUGAUUGACAGGUGGACUACAGACAGAAAGCAGCUGCUGCUGGUAGAAUCCCCACUAACCACCUGCGGCGGGAGUUGGGCACCACUGAAAAUGAGAUUCUGACUAGUAGGCUAAUAGGUGAGAAGAUGAUUCUAACUCCUAUGCCAUAACUCUUACUCCAGUCCUAUAUUAGAUUUAGUGCAAAUACCAUUAGCAGACUUUUAACUGUAUCUCUUUUUUGUUGUCUGACCUCAGACAGGGCAAUCAGACCCCUUUUUCCUGCUGGUUAUUUCUAUGACACUCAGGUGAGUCAGUAUUUGUAGUUAAUGUUGUACUUAUGUAUGGUCAUUACCGAUAUGUUUACACUGUUAUUACAACUGUGCUCUUGAUUGUAGUCCUGCGGUGUAUAUUUUCAGGUCCUGUGUAACCUGUUGGCAGUUGAUGGUGUUAAUGAUCCAGAUGUACUGGCCAUUAAUGGAGGUGAGGAGAGAUUGAUUUCCUUGUAGAAACAUUCACAUGACCUUUGUUUGACAUCGAGUGAUAACGUGAACUAUUUCUCUUCCCUACAGCCUCUGCUGCUCUUACCCUUUCUGACAUUCCCUGGAAUGGGCCCAUUGGUUAGUAUCUCAUACAGACCUGUGUCCUUUUGUUUUUAUUUGCCUGUAUGUGGCUUUAACCAUAUGGUCUGUGUUUUGUGGAUGUUUAGGUGCAGUGCGCAUUGGCCUGGUGGAUGGAGAGUUCUUGGUGAACCCAACACGAAAGGAAAUGGCUUCCAGCACUAUCAACCUGAUAGUGGCUGGAGCACCUCUCAGCCAAGUGGGUUAGUACUGUAAUCCAGCUAUAUCACACAUCCCUUUUUCUCUACCUCAAUAUCUAUAUUAAAAUGUUAGUGUGUGGCUAUGCCAUAUUCAGUCUAGGUAUAAACAUCUUUUGUUUUGUCUUAGUGAUGAUCGAGGCAUCUGCUGAGAAUGUGUUGCAGCAGGACUUCUGUCAUGCAGUCAAGGUUGGCGUGAAGCACACACAGCAGAUCAUAUUGGCUAUUCAGCAGAUGGCCAGAGAAGCAAAAGUGACCAAGCGCACCCCUCCCAAAAUAUUUUCUGCGCCCAAGGAAAUGAUUGAGCACACACGACAGUAAGACACAUUUCUUUCUGACUUGAUAUUUCUCCAAUCUCUUAAGUUUUUUUUAAUGGUUACAUGACAGCACACUGUUUUGCUUUCAGGUUGGCCUCUGAAAAGGUCUAUGCUGUUUUCACAGACUUCACUCAUGACAAGGUAAGUAUUUAUGUCUGUGUGUUUUAGCUAUUGUGUUUUGGUGGUACUUUUUCAUUCAAUAAAAUCAGUAACUUAUUGUGUUCUUUCAGAUUUCCAGAGAUGACGCCAUUAACAAAGUGCGGCUAGAAACAGAGGAACAAAUAAAAGGUAUGUAUCAUUGCUAUAUACAGAUGUAGGACCUUAAUUUGAGCCUGUUUGCUACAGCAGGAAAAGAAUCCUGCAGCAACAGGAAAUGUGAAUUAUGUGGAAUUAUAAUUAAUGGGCAUUUUUGUAGGGGUUGAUACAUUUUUCGUAAGGGAAAAUGAAGUCCGAAUUUCAAAGUGGAAAUUACAAACUUCAGAACCAUUUUUAAACCUCAAAUACACUACAUUUUACUUUUCCUGAAUUGCAGGAAACUUCUCCUGCAACAGGGUGACAUAAUUAAGACCCUACAUCUGUACCAAAUAAAUGUUAUGCUAUAAGAUUUUUGCAACAUUCAAGGUCUUGUGUGUGGUCAUUUUACUGUCUAACCGCCUACAUACAGUAUGUCUGUAUUCUGUAGAGAAAUAUCCUCAAGCAGAACCUUAUGAGGUGAUGGAGUCCUUCAACACGGUGUCCAAAGAGGUCUUCCGCAAUCUGGUUUUGAAUGAAUAUAGGAGGUAAAAAGAAUGCAUGUCUCAGUAGUAUUUAGCAAAUUGUCAUUAAUGUCAUUAAUCAUUUCCUUGUUUACCUUGUUUUAAAGGUGUGAUGGAAGAAACCUGACUUCAUUGAGAAAUAUUUCCUGUGAGGCUGACAUCUUUAAGCCCCUUCAUGGGUCUGCACUUUUCCAGAGGGGACAGACACAGGUAGGGAUCUGGCGUUAUAAAGAAGGGCUCAGAGUAGGCGUGCUAUUCAUUUUGGGGACAUUGGAAAGUUGAAGAGAGGAGAAAUGUAUUUGCGGAGUCUGAUUUGUUUUGGGUUGUUUUUCAUUGUAUCUUUAGCCUAGUUAAUAAAGCCUUUUCUCUCUAGGUUCUGUGCUCUGUAACAUUUGACUCCUUGGAGUCCAGUAUUAAAACAGACAUCAUUACUACAGCAUUAAGGUAAACUUAUACAUAAUUAAUUACAGUGCUCUUGAAUGCAAGUUUCAAGCAAGUGUUAAAUGUAAUGUGUGCAUAUAUAGGUUAGCUGAAACAAGUUGCUCUCCUUUUAACAGUGGAGUCAAAGACAAGAAUUUCAUGCUUCACUAUGAGGUGAGUAUGACAUUAUACAAAUAAGCAGGAUUCCAGUAGGAUUUGCUUAUUAGUUUGGUAUUGCACAACAAAACAUCUGCAUGGGCUGAAAUGAUCUUUUUCUGUUUCAGUUUCCGCCUUACGCAACCAAUGAGAUUGGAAAGAUGAGUGGAAUGAACAGAAGAGAGCUUGGUCAUGGUUAGUAUGUUGGUAUGGAUUAAAAGAUGAACAGAAGAGAGCUUGGUCAUGGUUAGUAUGUUGGUAUGGAUUAAAAGAUGAACAGAAGAGAGCUUGGUCAUGGUUAGUAUGUUGGUAUGGAUUAAAAGAUGCCCAUGGGUAGUGUGUGGGUGGCAUGCCUAAGUUCAUGUGACUAUUUAAAUAAUAUUCUCUUUCUCUAUGUUGACAGGGGCACUGGCAGAGAAGUCUUUGAGACCUGUCAUCCCAAAAGACUUUCCCUUCACUAUUAGAGUCACCUCAGAGGUUUUGGAGUCUAAUGGUGAGUUCUGUGGAUGACUUCCAUUUUGCUUCUACAUUUUAAGACCAUUUCUUAUUAUAAGCUUAGUUGCCAAAUCUUAGUCAUUUCAUUGACUGUAUGAUGAGCCUCGGCUCUUUCUUUCUCUCACACACUCGUUCUCUCAGGGUCCUCGUCGAUGGCGUCAGCAUGUGGAGGCAGUCUGGCUUUAAUGGACGCUGGUACUUCAUGCUUUUGAAGUGGAAAAUAAACAUGUCAUUUUACAUUUUUGUUGAUGAUCCUUCCAUUUGCAGUGAAAUGUAAUACGUUUGUGUUCCAGGUGUGCCUAUUACAUCAGCUGUGGCAGGUGUUGCUAUUGGACUCAUAUCCAAGGCAAACCCAGAGAAGCCAUCAGAAAUCCAGGACUACCGAAUACUGACUGAUAUUCUGGUACCCAAUAUUACUAGUAUUUCUCUCACCAAUCCUAAAGCUAACUACAUUUUCUAUGGAAUAUCACAUGUGUACUAUAAUCAUGAGAUCCCCUGUCUGUAGAACUGUUUUAUUUGUGUUUUCUGUCACAACAGGGAAUCGAGGAUUACCUAGGAGACAUGGACUUCAAACUGGCAGGAACAAAUAAGGGUAUCAAUGCCUUACAGGUACUGUAGCUGAACAUCCAUUGGUUUCUCUCUGCUGUCGUAUUUUGUUGACUGUAGUUAUUUUUGCUAUAAUGUAUGCCUCCUCCUUCUAGGCUGAUGUGAAGAUUCCAGGCUUACCUCUGAAACUUGUAAUGGAGGCUAUUCAGCAAGCCACAGGUGACAUGAAAGACAUGCCCCAUAAAUAGCUAUGUAGCUAUCUAUUCAUUCUCUAGAGAGAUAAAUAUCGAAGUCACCAAUCCUCAUGUCAUUCUCAUAUCCUUACAGUUGCCAAGAGGGAGAUUUUGGGCAUCAUGAACAAUACUAUUGCCAAGCCCAGGGCUAACAGAAAGGAGAAUGGCCCGGUUGUCGGUAAGACUCUCUUGGUUGCUAUUCCUUUUUGAUUUCCAUUAUUUAUGUAUUUUGCGUUUAAGGAAUGUUUCCUGUCUGUUGUAGAAAAUGUCAGAGUCCCAGUGUCCAGACGAGCACGCUUUGUUGGGCCAGGGGGCUAUAACCUCCGCAGACUACAAGCUCAAACAGGUAACAUUUAAUAUUUAAAAAACAUUAUUACUUCAUUUGUGUCUACCCCAACACAUGAUCUCUCUUCAUCGGUGCAUAGUGUAUGGCAGGGUUGGGAGGAGGAAUCUGUUCCGAAGUAUUCCCACACAAGGGGUCUGAAUACUUUCCAUUUAUACAGUUGAAGUCGGAAGUAUACAUACACCUUAGCCAAAUACAUUUAAACUCAGUUUUUCACAAUUCCUGACAUUUCAUCCUAGUAAGAAUUCCCUGUCUUAGGUCAGUUAGGAUCACCACUUUUAUUUUAAGGAAUGUGAAAUGUCAGAAUAAUAGUAGAGAAUGAUUUAUUUCAGCUUUUAUUUUUUUAAAUCACAUUCCCAGUGGGUCAGAAGUUUACAUACACUCAAUUAGUAUUUGGUAGCAUUGCCUUUAACUUGUUUAACUUAGGUCAAACGUUUCGGGUAGCCUUCCACAAGCUUCCCACAAUAAGUUGGGUGAAUUUUGGCUCAUUCCUCCUGACACAGCUGGUAUAACUGAGUAGGCCUCCUUGCUCGCACACGCUUUUUCAGUUCUGCCCACACAUUUUCUAUAGGAUUGAGGUCCGGGCUUUGUGAUGGCCACUCCAAUACCUUGACUUUGUUUUCCUUAAGCCAUUUUGCCACAACUUUGGAAGUAUGCUUGGGGUCAUUGUCCAUUUGGAAGAUCCAUUUGCGACCAAGCUUUAACUUCCUGACUGAGGUCUUGAGAUGUUGCUUCAAUAUAUCCACAUAAAUGUCCUUCCUCAGGAUGCCAUCUAUUUUGUGAAGUGCACCAGUCCCUCCUGCAGCAAAGCACCCCCACAGCAUGAUGCUGCCACCCCCAUGCUUCACGGUUGGGAUGGUGUUCUUCGGCUUGCAAGCCGCCCCCUUUUUCCUCCAAACAUAACGAUGGUCAUUAUGGCCAAACGGUUCUAUUUUUGUUUCAUCAGACCAGAGGACAUUUCUCCAAAAAGUAUGAUCUUUGUCCCCGUGUGCAGUUGCAAACCGUAGUCUGGCUUUUUUAUGGCGGUUUUGGAGCAGUGGCUUCUUCCUUGCUGAGCGGCCUUUCAGGUUAUGUCGGUAUCAGACUCGUUUUACUGUGGAUAUAGAUACUUUUGUACCGGUUUCCUCCAGCAUCUUCACAAGGUCCUUUGCUGUUGUUCUGGGAUUGAUAUGCACUUUUCGCACCAAAGUACGUUAGUCUCUAGGAGACAGAAUGCGUCUCCUUCCUGAGCGGUAUGACGGCUGCGUGGUCCCAUGGUGUUUAUACUUGCAUACUAUUGUUUGUACAGAUGAAUGUGGUACCUUCAGUCGUUUGGAAAUUGCUCCCAAGGAUGAACCAGACUUGUGGAGGUCUACCAUUUUUUUUCUGAGGUCUUGGCUGAUUUCUUUUUGAUUUUCCCAUGAUGUCAAGCAAAGAGGCACUGAGUUUGAAGGUAGGCCUUCAAAUACAUCCACAUGUACUCCUCCAUUUGACUCAAAUGAUGUCAAUUAGCCUAUCAGAAGCUUCUAAAGCCAUGACAUCAUUUUCUGGAAUGUUCCAAGCUGUUUAAAGGCACAGUCAACUUAAUGUAUGUAAACUUCUGACCCACUGGAAUUGUGAUACAGUUAAUUAUAAGUGAAAUAAUCUGUCUGUAAACAAUUGUUGGAAAAAUUACUUCUGUCAUGCACAAAGUAGAUGUCCUAACCGACUUGCCAAAACUAUAGUUUGUUAACAAGAAAUGUGUGGAGUGGUUGAAAAACAAGUUUUAAUGACUCCAACCUAAGUGUAUGUAAACUUCCGACUUCAACUGUGUGUGUGUGUGUGUAUAUGUGUGUGUGUGUGUAUAUGUGUGUGUGUAUAUAUAUAUAUAUAUAUAUAUAUAUAUAUAUAUAUCACACACACACACACACACACACUACCAGUUGAAAGUUUGGACACCUACUCAUUCAAGGGUUUUUCUUUAUUUUUUACAUUGUAGAAUAAUAGUGAAGAUAUCAAAAAAAUGAAAAGACAUAUGGAAUCAUGUAGUAACCAAAAAAGUGUUAAACAAAUCUAAAUAUAUUUUAUAUUUGAGAAUCUUCAAAUAGUCACCCUUUGAUGACAGCUUUGCACAUUUAGCAUUCUCUCAACCAGUUUCAUGAGGUAGUCACUUGGAAUGCAUUUAAAUUAACAGGUGUGCCUUCUUAAAAGUUAAUUUGUGGAAUUUCUUUCCUUAAUGCGUUUGAGCCAAUCAGUUGUGUUGUGACAAGGUAGGGUUGGUAUACAGAAGAUGGCCCUAUUUGGUAAAAGACCAAGUCCAUAUUAUGGCAAGAACAGCUCAAAUAAGCAAAGCGAAACGACAGUCCAUCAUUACUUUAAGACAUGAAGGUCAGUCAAUACGGAAAAUGUCAAUAACUUUGAAAGUUUCUUCAAGUGCAGUCGCAAAAAACAUCAAGCGCUAUGAUGAAACUGGCUCUCAUGAGGACCGCGACAGGAAUUGAAGACCCAGAGUUACCUCUGCUGCAGAGGAUGUUCAUUAGAGUUACCAGCCUCAGACAUUGCAGCCGAAUUGCUGCAAAGAAACCACUACUAAAGGACACCAAUAAGAAGAGACCUGCUUGGGCCAAGAAACACGAGCAAUGGACAUUAGAACAGUGGAAAUGUGUCCUUUGGUCUGGAGUCCAAAUUUGAGAUUUUUGGUUACAACCGCCGUGUCUUUGUGAGACGCGGUGUGGGUGAAUGGAUUAUCUCCGCAUGUGUAGUUCCCACCGUAAAGCAUGGAGGAGGAGGUGUUAUGGUGUGGGGGUGCUUUGCUGGUGACACUGUCUGUGAUUUAUUUAGAAUUCAAGGCACACUUAACCAGCAUGGCUACCACAGCAUUCUGCAGCGAUACGCCAUCCCAUCUGUUUUGGGCUUAGUGGGACUAUCAUUUUGUUUUUCAACAGGACAAUGACCCAACACACCUCCAGGCUGUGUAAGAUCUAUUUGACCAAGAAUGAGCGUGAUGGAGUGCUGCAUCAGAUGACCUGGCCUUUCCAGGUGAAGCUGGUUGAGAGAAUGCCAAGAGUGUGCAAAGCUGUCAUCAAGGCCAAAGGGUGGCUAUUUGAAGAAUCUCAAAUAUAAUAUAUAUUUUGAUUUGUUUAACACUUUUUUUUUAUAUGUGUUAUUUCAUAGUCUUGAUGUCUUCACUAUUAUUCUACAAUGUAGAAAAUAGUAAAAAUAAAGACAAAUCCUUGAAUGAGUAGGUGUGUCCAAACUUUUGACUGGUACUGUAUAUAUAGCUCUCUCAUUCGGAAAGUGUUUUAUUUAUGUAUAUAUGCGAUCGUAUACAAAUGUAAGCAAGGUUUGAAAUGAUUAUGUUUUAGUCAAAUGUUAUGUCUGUUUGGAAUUCUUGCGGUCAAUUUACUAAUUAUUUGUAAUUAUGUUCCGGCCCCCUGACCAUCCGCUCAAGAAAGAAUCUGCCUGUGGCUGAAUCUAGUUGAUGAUACCUGGUGUAUUGGGAAAUUACAGGUUGUUGUGUGUGGUUGUUUUGUGUCAUUGGAUAGGUGUGACGAUAAGCCAGGUGGACGAGGAGACCUUCUCUGUGUUUGCACCUACUCCUGGUGCCAUGAAUGAAGCACAGGAGUUCAUCACAGAAAUCUGCAAGGAUGACGUGAGUCCAACCUAGUCUAAUUCCACUGUAUUGCCUAAUUUCUUACAAUUCCUCAUUUUUAUUUACUCAUUAAACAUCAUUGUACUAUAUCCUCCAAAAAGGCAAUUCUUACCCACAUCAGUAAUGAUAUGAAUCUGAGGAUGUCUGUUUUGCCUUGCAGCAAGAGCAGCAGCUGGAGUUUGGUGCUGUUUACACUGCCACCAUCAUGGAGAUAAGGUACACACUGCUGCAUUAUUGGAGGCUGCUGUUUCAUCUAAUGUGAUGCAGCUACAGUCUGGUUUUUAAACAUUGUGUUCCAUUGAUUGAACAUUGGAUUGCUAAACGGGUAGCUUCAUGACUUGCUGCACUUCUGUCUCCCUUCCUUCACAGGGACAUUGGUGUCAUGGUGAAGCUGUAUCCCAACAUGAGUGCUGUUCUGCUCCAUAACUCUCAGCUGGACCACAAACGGGUAAGAGUCUAGUCCCAGAAUACCAUGCAGGGAUUACAGGAACUUCAACAUAUAUUAUGUUUUACAGAUGUUACCAGUUUGGAAAAGGCUGCAUGUGUUGCCUUGUUUUCUGUUUAUUUACAUGAGAAGUUGUAUGUGGGAUAAAAAAUAAUCCAUUAAUAACAAUGUUUCAGCUAAAAUUGUUGGCAGAGUGAAAUAAUUGUACACACUGAAUUUGUCCAGAUAAAACACCCAAGUGCUCUUGGAUUAGAGGUUGGACAGCAGAUUCAGGUAUGUAUUGCAUUCUUCUGACCUUUAGUUCUUAAUUCGCUUGACUUCUUGACUGAUAGUCUUUCUCUGAUGGAAUGCUGCCAACAGGUUAAAUACUUUGGGCGAGACCCAACAGAUGGAAGAAUGAGGCUUUCGAGGAAGGUGUUACAAUCUCCAGCAGCAACAGUUGUUAAGACACUGAGUGAGAAACAGAGCAUCACCAUGGGCACAGGGAAUGGCCAAGCAACCAGCAACUCCUCUUGACUCCCACUACCAACCAUUUGUCAUUUACUCACCCAAAUCCUUCAAGCACUGGUUACUGUACUCUCAUUCUCUGCUGAUUUCAGCAAUGAUAUCAGCUUGGUGGCCAUACCAGUUUGAGUUGUCAAAUAACAAAUUUGGCAGGCAUUUUAUUAGGUGAAGCAUUUUUUGCUGUCAGUUUAUCUGUUUUAUACAAUGUGUAAUAAAUAUGUAAACUAAACAUUUCAUUGUUUUACAUUGACUUUAACUUGUGACCACUCAUGCCAUAUUCCAAUAUUCUACAUACUCAUUGUUAGUGCUACAAUAUUUAGAGCUGUUUUAAUUGAAAUCAACAGCAUUAUUUUCCCUAUAUUGUAAUAAAAGCACAGACUGUAACAGGUCUGUAUCCCACCAAUGCUGUAAACGUUUCGAUAUUAACGACAUAACACUGGAUUCCGUAGCCCCUAAGAGGAGACCCCGCGGUAACGUUUGAUUGACGUAGUGGAAGAAAAAUAACGGAUUACAAGAUGGCGGUCUGUGGACGAUAGUGAAGGGGCCGUCGUAGUUGUUUUCAACGGUGAAUUUUACAGUUCGCUAGAUAUCCUGCCUUCUGCGGGAAAAAAUAAUCAGCAGCAUAAUAUGUUCAUUAAUUAGCGUUACGUUUUAGCACAUUAUUGUGUAUCAUACUCCGAUGUAUGUCUGGGACAUGCGGGUAGAAACACGUUUGAAGCUCGGGGAUAAGAAUAUAGCUAGGCAACUAUUUUAAAGAUAGGGUGAACUAGUGUUUGCUAGCUAACGCGUUAGCUUUUCCUCAAGGUAACCAUGUCGGAUACUCGGCGGCGUGUGAAAGUAUACACGCUGAAUGAAGACCGACAGUGGGACGACAGGGGCACAGGACAUGUCUCGUCCACCUUUGUCGAACGACUGAAGGGAAUAUCAUUAUUAGUUCGGGCGGAAUCCGACGGUGAGUUGCUAGCUAGCAUAUCUUAUUAGUAGACGAUGGCUCGUCACUUGCCUGUGUUUUGUUCGUAGUUAGGUAGCUAGUACAGGCCUCCAAUUCAAAAACUCCACAUCGCUAGCUAGCUUGCGAACGGUCACCCAACUAACAAACUAGUUAGCUAGUUGAGUUGGCUAAUUAUUAGCUCGCUAGCUACUAACACGUAACUGCUGAUGUCGACGUGUAUGAGUUAAUCUAGCCAACUACUGUAGCUAGCUAAAUCACUAUAUUGCUAAUGCUAGCUGUCUAAUGUUUAACGUUUACUUGUAACGUUAGUGGUGAUAGUGUUUUAAGAUAACUGAUUUGUUUAUUUAUCGAUGUAACGCUAACCUAACGUUAGCUAGCCAGUGCUUGGAAGAUCAAUGUGGUUGAACUGACUUCCUUUGUGAACCUCUUUUCGUUGAAUACUUUUAACGUUAUAUAACACAUUUAACUAGUUAGCUAGUUAUAUUUUUAACGAACAUUGGUACAUUAAAAGUAGUGUAUCCAACUAGCUAGAUAACGAGCUAGCCAGCCAACUAGCAACCUGGUCAAAUAACUGUUGCACAGCUUGCUAUCUUAACGUUAACUAGGUACUAGUAAACUCACUUGGCUAAGUCGGUAGUAAAUAAAGGGACAGUUGUUUGCCAGCCCAUAACAAAUUGUCAGCUAAUUUAUAAUAAAUUGUCUUUGUUUACAUGAACAGUUUGUCAGUAAAAGUGUAGUGUUCAGGUUUCAGCAGUAUUGUCAGUUACAACAGCCAUCUUGUUGUUGAUAUUAAGGCUUAUUUGACGAACAUAUUAUUUCACACCCAUGUUCCUGAAUUAUGAAGUUGUUUAUUAUAUAGUUGGGAACAUUUAGGCAGCAAAUAAUUAUUUCAGUAUGGUAGUCGUUAGCUAACUGAAUGCCCUCAUGUCUUUUAGGCUCACUUCUUCUGGAGUCUAAAAUCAGCCCAAAUACUGCAUAUCAGAAACAGCAAGUGAGUAUUCUGCCUCUAUCGAGGUCUGCUGUGUAUCUUCAGUGUACCUUCAGUGUUUUAUUUGCUCUGGGGCAGGUCCAUUUAUAGAAGUAGCCUAUGUAUCUAAAGAAUUGUGAAUGUGUACAGUUGCGGUUUAAUUUUACUCAGCAAAUAAUUGAUAAUUACAAACCUCGAGUUAUGAAAAAUAAUUGUCUGAACUUGAUCAUGAGAACUGUCUUUCCCCGCUCAGGACACCCUGAUCGUGUGGUCUGAAGCAGAGAACUAUGAUCUGGCUCUGAGUUUUCAGGAAAAAGCUGGCUGUGAUGAAAUCUGGGAAAAGAUUUGUCAGGUAUAGUACUGUGUUUACUCUAUAUGGUUGUGUAAGUCAGUGUAAGGUUUAUGUGUAUUACUGCUAUUUAUAGUCAUUUUAUGGCACCAGAAAGCACACUUUUUAACUGCAGGAACUACAUGUAUAGAACAUGUCACAACUGUUGGUGACACAUGUACACACAAGUAAAAAAAAAAAAAAAAACAUGCCCUUGCAGAAGAAAAUUGUCAGGAAGCAAUUGAUUGUACCAUAUUUGCUUGUUAUUUGAAUCUCCAGCCCCCAAAACUAUGAAUAACCAUGUAUGUGCAUUGUAGGUCACUGCUGCUUUUUUUAGGUGCCGGUAAACAUACAUUUUCUUUGUACGCCCUUAUGAGACUAAGCCAUUAGUAUUUCAUAAUUUUUAAGUAUAGAAUAUCAUGUUAUAGAAGUUCGUCCUUUGCAAUGGGGGACUAGAGACCUUCUGUUGUUCUUACCAGUGGCCUGUCUAAUUUCUGCCCCAGGUGCAGGGGAAAGACCCUGCGCUGGAGAUCACCCAGGACCCCAUCGAUGAGUCCGAGGAGGAGCGCUUCGAGGAGAUGCCAGAGACCAGCCACCUGGUGGAGCUGCCUCCCUGUGAGCUGGCCCGGCUGGAGGAGAUCGCUGACCUGGUGACUUCUGUCCUGUCCUCGCCCAUCCGCCGGGAGAAGUUGGCCCUGGCCCUUAUGAGCGAAGGAUACAUGAAGAAGCUGCUGCAGCUCUUCCAGGUGUGCGAAGACCUGGACAACCGGGAGGGCCUACAUCAUCUGUAUGAGAUUGUGCGUGGCGUCCUCUUUCUCAACAAGGCGGCUCUAUUCGAGGUCAUGUUCUCGGACGACUGCAUCAUGGACGUGGUGGGCUGCCUGGAGUACGACCCGGCACUAGUGCAGCCCAAAAGGCACCGCGAGUUCCUCACCAAGACGGCCAAGUUUAAGGAGGUGAUCCCCAUCACGGACUCAGAGCUGCGGCAGAAGAUCCACCAGACGUACCGUGUGCAGUACAUCCAGGACAUCAUCCUGCCCACGCCUUCAGUCUUCGAGGAGAACUUCCUUUCCACCCUCACAUCCUUCAUUUUCUUCAACAAGGUGGAGAUAGUCAGCAUGCUGCAGGUGAGUCACUGCAAACCAACAGAGCCAAACAGCUUUUUUUUCUUCUCCUCUUCGAGUUUGCCAUUCUUGACUACAAAUGGAGUGUAAGUCAAUCUGUUUAUAUAUUUAUUUGACAUUUUGCAGGAUGAAAUCUCUUGAGAUACACAUCUAGUUUUUGAGUGUCCCAAAAAAAAUAAAAAAAAUACUUAGUAACAAGAAUAAUAUGGCAACUGUCUAACAAUAACAAUGAAAUAAUAAUACAAAUAUUUAAAAAGUACACUAACAGCAUAAACAUUGUUGUACAACUACUAAUAGGCCUACAACUAAUAAACUACUGCUACAACUACUAAUACAAUUAAUAAACUACUGCUACAACUACUAAUACAAUUAAUAAACUACUGCUACAACUACUAAUACAAUUAAUAAACUACUGCUACAACUACUAAUACAAUUAAUAAACUACUGCUACAACUACUAAUACAACUGCUACAACUACUGCUACAACCACUAAUACAACUGCUACAACUACUGCUACAACCACUAAUACAACUGCUACAACUACUAAUACAACUGCUACAACUACUGCUACAACUAAUAGAUUACUGCUACAACUAAUAAUACUACUGCUACAACUACUAAUACAACUAAUAAACUACUGCUACAACUACUAAUACUACUGCUACAACUACUAAUACUACUGCUACAACUACUACUAAUACAAUUUAAUAAACUACUGCUACAAUUUAAUAAACUACUGCUACAACUACUAAUACAACUACUAAACUACUGCUACAACUACUAAUACAACUGAUACAACUACUAAUACUACUGCUACCACUAAUAAUACUACUGCUACAACUAAUACAACUAAUAGAUUACUGCUACAACUACUAAAAACUAAUAAAUUAAGUACCUAUAAUAUAUAUACAGUGGGGAAAAAAAGUAUUUAGUCAGCCACCAAUUGUGCAAGUUCUCCCACUUAAAAAGACGAGAGACGCCUGUCAUUUUCAUCAUAGGUACACGUCAACUAUGACAGACAAAAUGAGGAAAGAAAAUCCAGAAAAUCACAUUGCAGGAUUUUUAAUGAAUGUAUUUGCAAAUUAUGGUGGAAAAUAAGUAUUUGGUCAAUAACAAAAGUUUCUCAAUACUUUGUUAUAUACCCUUUGUUGGCAAUGACACUGGUCAAACGUUUUUUGUAAGUCUUCACAAGGUUUUCACACACUGUUGCUGGUAUUUUGGCCCAUUCCUCCAUGCAGAUCUCCUCUAGAGCAGUGAUGUUUUGGGGCUGUCGCUGGGCAACACGGACUUUCAACUCCCUCCAAAGAUUUUCUAUGGGGUUGAGAUCUGGAGACUGGCAAGGCCACUCCAGGACCUUGAAAUGCUUAUUACGAAGCCAUUCCUUCGUUGCCCGGGCGGUGUGUUUGGGAUCAUUGUCAUGCUGAAAGACCCAGCCACGUUUCAUCUUCAAUGCCCUUGCUGAUGGAAGGAGGUUUUCACUCAAAAUAUCACGAUACAUGGCCCUAUUCAUUCUUUCCUUAACACGGAUCAGUCGUCCUGGUCCCUUUGCAGAAAAACAGCCCCAAAGCAUGAUGUUUCCACCCCCAUGCUUCACAGUAGGUAUGGUGUUCUUUGGAUGCAACUCAGCAUUCUUUGUCUCCCAAUCCUCUUCUGGAUCAUCCAAAUGCACUCUAGCAAACUUCAGACGGGCCUGGACAUGUACUGGCUUAAGCAGGGGGACACGUCUGGAAUUGCAGGAUUUGAGUCCCUGGUGGCGUAGUGUGUUACUGAUGGUAGGCUUUGUUACUUUGGUCCCAGCUCUCUGCAGGUCAUUCACUAGGUCCCCCCGUGUGGUUCUGGGAUUUUUGCUCACCGUUCUUGUGAUCAUUUUGACCCCACGGGGUGAGAUCUUGCGUGGAGCCCCAGAUCGAGGGAGAUUAUCAGUGGUCUUGUAUGUCUUCCAUUUCCUAAUAAUUGCUCCCACAGUUGAUUUCUUCAAACCAAGCUGCUUACCUAUUGCAGAUUCAGUCUUCCCAGCCUGGUGCAGGUCUACAAUUUUGUUUCUGGUGUCCUUUGACAGCUCUUUGGUCUUGGCCAUAGUGGAGUUUGGAGUGUGACUGUUUGAGGUUGUGGACAGGUGUCUUUUAUACUGAUAACAAGUUCAAACAGGUGCCAUUAAUACAGGUAACGAGUGGAGGAAGUUAAAGAAGAAGUUAUAGGUCUGUGAGAGCCAGAAAUCUUGCUUGUUUGUAGGUAACCAAAUACUUAUUUUCCACCAUAAUUUGCAAAUAAAUUCAUUAAAAAUCCUACAAUGUGAUUUUCUGGAAAAAAAAAUCUCAAUUUGUCUGUCAUAGCUGACGUGUACAUAUGAUGAAAAUUACAGGCCUCUCUCAUCUUUUUAAGUGGGAGAACUUGCACAAUUGGUGGCUGACAAUACUUCCCCCCCCCCCCCACUGUAUGUGUAUGUAUAUAUAUAUAUAUAUUUACAAAUAUCACAUGGUGAUGUUUCUAUUAGUUAAAAACAGUUUGUUCUUAACAUUUUGAAAAGGGGCUUUCUUAAAUUCACUGUGAUUUGAAUGCCCUGUUUUCUAUAGGUAAAUUAUUCCAAUCAGUUGGGUCUUUGUAUCUGAAAGAUCUUACGCCAACCUCAUGAUGUACCCUUGUAAUUGCUGCUGUUGCUGAAAGGAGUAGUGCGAGUCUUGUAAAGUUAGGUGUUCCUUAAUACAUACAGGGAAAUUUAAGUUGAUCAAUUUAACAAGAAAUUGGUACCUAUGCAAUGUUAUCUUAACUAAUGCCUCUUCAGCUCGGGUGUUCAGUUUUAACAGUUGUUGUGACAUUUUAGUGUGUGAAGCAAAGGAAAUAAAGCACUGAAUUUAACUGGCUACAUAUAACACACACUUUCACACCAUUGUCAAUGUACAUUUAUAUUUUAGUCAUUUAGCAGACGCUCUUAUCCAGAGCGACUUACAGUUAGUGAGUGCAUACAUUUUUCAUACAUAAUGUUGUUGUAACUGAGUUUCUCUAUUCAUGCUUUUAUUUUCCUGUGAAACAGUUUGCCCCAUCUGAAGAUAAAUCGUAAUCCGUACAUGUAUGUGAUAUUCUGCUGUUGUAAAAAACCUGGAAUGGAUUAACCUUAUGAAUGUAUUUGAAUGUAUUUUAUUUUACAUAAAUAGAAUGUCAUAUGAAAUGUGAUAAAAUACUCAUGCCACUUUGUUGUCUUCAGUAUUGUAAAUCGAUGCUUGUUACUUCUCUAAGGAUUCGUUCUAGAUCAAACUGUUUGUCUUUGGCUCUGAUGUUAGUGAACAGGUUUGUAGUUGAUGGGUCAUCUUCAAUUUAAGCAGGGAAUCUAAUGUGAAGCCAACCUACCAGUAGGCCCUGAAGUAUGUCUUGGAUCUCACGUUGGUAACAACGAUAAGGUUGUGGCAUGAUUUGUUUUUUUUAACUUCCCUUGUUGGCACUUGGCAGUAUAAUUAUACACGUUUAGAAGCUCAAGAGGGACUUGGCCCUGUCUAUUGACCCCUGUAAUAAAUGUGUAUUUGGGUUCAGUCCUAGUGCUUUUCAACAUGACCUCUCACCUCACAAAACCUCUACAGACCACAGAACUGAGAUGCAGUGAGAAUGUUAACUUUAUAUCCCUGCCUUGCACUACAGGAGGAUGAGAAGUUCCUAACUGAAGUCUUUGCACAGCUAACAGAUGAAGCCACAGAGGACGGUAAAAGGAGGGAACUAGUAAGUUUAAUGACGAACUCGUUUUAUUAAAAGCAUACAAAUACUAAGCUUUUAUCCCAUGAAUGUUUCAGUGAUGUACUCUCCUGUUUUCCUUCCUCUUCACAGGUGAACUUCUUCAAAGAAUUUUGUGCUUUUUCACAAACCUUGCAACCGCAAAAUAGAGAUGCUUUCUUCAAGACUCUGGCAAAUCUAGGCAUUCUUCCUGCUCUUGAAAUAGUCAUGGUAUGAAUGUGUACUAUGUACAUUUUAAAUGCCUUGUUUUUGCAUAUUUAUCCUAGACAUUUUGUCAUGUGUUUGGUGUGGCAACAUUCUCUCGAUCCCUUGAACGUGAAAUCCCAUCUCACCUUCAACGGCUGUAUCUUGUCAGCACAUGUCAAAAUAAGUAUAAUGUAUGUCUCUUAAAGAUAACUUUAUCUACUUACCAUGUGUCAGAUUAAUUUGUGGAUACCAUUUGUCUCUUUCCAUACAGUUUGACGGAAGUUGCUAUAUAGCGUUAGCGCAAUUGCUAACUAGCGUUGGCAACUGCUAGCAUGCUAGUAGAUACCAUAGACUUCCAGUCAUUGCACUACAGCUAGUUAGCAUUGGCUCGCAAAACUACCUAACUUCCUUCAUACUGAAUGCAAACCAAACAAAUUGUAUCCAUGAGCAUCUGAUUGGGGAUGUAGAUGAAGGGCUUCAUUGCCUAAAUCCUGAAGUAUCCCUUUAAUCCUAAACUUGAAAAGGUCUAAAAAGUCAGUUAGUCCAGAUUGCACUAAGGCUCCUGAGCCCCUAAAGAAACACGUGGAUGGAGCUGAAUGCACUAUUCGUUUGAGCUCACUGUGUGUAUCCAGUGUGUGACUAGUGUGUCUCACCGUCUCCACAGGGCAUGGACGACCUGCAGGUGAGGGCUGCAGCCACAGACAUAUUCUCAUACCUGGUGGAGUUCAGCCCCUCCAUGGUCCGAGAGUUUGUUAUGCAGGAGCCACAGCAGACUGAUGAUGUAAGUAUGUUAUAUAGCUAGGCUUACAUGAAAUGUGAUACUGGUGGGCCAAUUUCUCUGCCAAAUGGAGCUGUGAUUAUGUAAAUGAUUAUUUAACCAGUGAAAUGUUAAUUUAUAAAAUGCACAUUGAACUGUUUCUUAUAGUAGGUGUUUACUGUUAACCCAAGCAUACCCUUUCUGAGCAUUUAGAUGUGUCUGAAUUCUCUAGGAUGUUCUAGGUUUCCUGUACGUGAUGCUACUUACUUGUUCAUUAGGACGUGCUGCUGAUAAACGUGGUGAUAAAGCAGAUGAUCUGUGACUCAGACCCUGAGUUGGGGGGUGCUGUGCAGCUGAUGGGGCUCCUACGAACACUGAUUGACCCAGAGAACAUGCUGACCCCCACCAAUGUAAGACCAUGUCCAAACACACACACUCUUCUGUCAUAACACUGGGUGUAAUGACUAUUAUACAAGAAAACAGAACAGCUAGCUAUACCUCAUGAGUUGUAUGAUACUUUCAUUACAUGAAAGAUGAACUCUGCAAUAUGACAGCAUUGCUGUCUACUAAUCUAUUUUUUACUUUGAAUCCCGUUAGAAAACGGAGAAGACAGAGUUUCUCAGCUUCUUCUACAAGUACUGCAUGCAGGUCCUCACAGCCCCUCUAUUGGCCAACACUGUAGAGGAGAAGAAGUCUAAAGGUGAGGAGGGGGGACCUUUUGUAUUUAACUCAUGUGAUUAUAGAUCUAAAUGGAUGUAUGCAUGGUCUGUGCUAUCCGGGAUCCAUGGGACGUCCGCUACCUCCCAUUGAAGUUGACUUUUUAAAUGGUUAUGGCAAGGGUUAUGGUUUAGGGAAGGGACGUCCCAAGGAUCCCGGAUAGCACUGAUAAUGUAUGCAUUGUGUGUAUGGACUCUGGUCUUGUGUAGAAUUUGGUGUGUUUAGGUCCAGCUCUGUGUUGAUAUGCAUAGCUUUUUGGUGGGCAGGCCAAGAAGUCUUGGUUUGGAUCUAUUUACAUGACUGAUAUUCAUUGCUUUUAUUAUAUCUCUCAGAUCUGCAAGAGGGGUCCACCAAGAUCAACCCAGUGUGCCCUGGUAUUUAACCAUACAUUAUCACAAUCAUAAUUCUCAUUUGACUAAGUGUGUCUCUCCCUAUUGUAAAUGCAUGCCUCUAUGUCUUCCAGAUAAUUUCCAGACAGCUCAACUCCUGGCUUUGAUUCUGGAGCUGCUGACAUUCUGUGUUGAGCACCACACAUAUCACAUAAAGACCUACAUCAUGAACAAGGACCUGCUGCGACGAGUCCUGGUGCUAAUGAACUCUAAACACACCUUCCUGGCUCUGUGUGAGUCACCGGGGAAACACUACAGAGGGACAUGGGUUCUAGAAUAUGGGGAGCACCAAGUGUUGAAUUUGUUUUUUCAUGAUUUGAUUAAUGAAGCACAUCAAGCUAGAACCCAGACCUUUGGACCCUUGGCUCCUGGGUAUAAUCCAUUGAUAAAUCCACAACCUAAAUGUACUGCUUGUGGUGUAAGUAGUUGCUGUAUGGAGUUUACUCAAAGCCUCUUUUCAAGGUGUUGAUUGUACUGGUUGUCUUUUAACAGGUGCUCUGCGCUUCAUGAGGAGGAUAAUCGGGCAGAAGGAUGAGUACUACAACCGAUACAUUAUCAAAGGGAACCUGUUUGAGCCAGUCAUCAACACCCUGCUGGACAACGGAACUAGAUACAACCUCCUAAACUCAGCCAUCAUCGAACUCUUUGAGUUCAUUAAAGUUGUAAGUUCAUAUUCACCCUUUUAACAUGUCUGGUUACCAUUUUACCACAUGCACACAUCCUAAUGACAUCUAUCUCUACAGGAGGAUAUCAAGUCCCUCAUAGCACACAUCAUAGACAACUACUUCACAGCUCUUGAAUCCAUUGAAUACGUCCAGACGUUCAAGGGCCUGAAGGGCAGAUAUGAGCAGGAGAAGGAUCGACAGACCCUGAGACUCAACAGGUCAGUGUUCCGUCAUCUCCCUCACAGACAUGGACAACUGGAAUGGCGUUAAAGUGGAACAUUUGAUUAGUUGAUUUGUUUGGUUCAGCCAAAGAGGAUAACUUAGCAUAUCAUUUAAUAGUAGUUUGUUUGUGUUGAGCAAAGUAACUUAAGCAGUGUUUAUUGCAUGCAAUGCUUUUAAAGCCAAUGUUGCAUUGUCAAGUGACAUACAUUUUUUUCAUGUUAUUUAUAUAAAGCCUGUUAAAAGUAGUCUUAACUGUAUCCAAGCAGAUAUCGUAGGGAUGCUCGAACACUGGACGGGGAUGAGGAAAUGUGGUUCAAUGAUGAUGAUUAUGAAGAAGGAGAGGCUGUUGAGAAAAGCAGGCCAGAGGAAGAGUUCCCAGAGAGCUACGGAAAGUAUAUGGAAGCAAAAAAAGGUAAGUGCCGCCACUCUGCGAAGUGUAUGUGUUGAACCCCACUGCUUGUGGAUUGGUAUGUUCACCCAUCUCUUUGCAGUUAAAGAGAGUGACAACAAAGAGAACUUCCCAAAGCAGACCCCAACUGGCAGCUUUAAGUUGACCUUUUCUCAUUCUGCAGGGGCUGCCAACGGUGCCAACGGCAAGCCAGCUGCCUCGCCCGCCGCCGCAGCCAGUCCCAACGGCUCUCCAGCCAAGUCGGCCGCGCCACCCGGCGCCCUGGUAGUCAAGGUGAGCUUUCCCUGUCAACUGCCAUUCUAAUUGCCAAGGUGAGCCAUAUCCUCUUUCUACCUGUCAAUCUGUAGUAAAAAGCCCCAUUUUCCUGCCACCCCAGUAGUAAAAAUUAUCAAACCCAGGGUUGAGUCACUUGAGUUCUAAUGUGACCUAUGUUCUCGUUGACAGACUGCGAUGGUCGGCCUUGUAGACUACCCUGACGAUGAAGACGAGGAGGAAGAAGACGAAGAGCAGUCGCCACGGAAACGGCCCCGUCUGGGCUCCUAAGCCAGUGAAGUCGUCAGGUCUUGGUCAGCUGUGCCACAGUCACAGUCCACUGGACAGAGACCACUCCCACCUUGCUACCCUCCCAGCCUGCCCCCUGCUCCUACGUCCCCAUACCUGGCCUGUGGACCAGAGAGGUUGAACAGUGCCAAGGUUUCCCUGUUGCUCCGGCAGGGACGCAGCACUUCACCCAAACCUCAGCCGCUCUACAGAAGGGGGAGCAGGGGCUAAUGGGAGAGCCAGUCAGGCUAGCAGGACUAGCCGCUUAGUAAUGGAAGCUUGAUUGGCUGACCCUACAGAACUGUUCCUUUGGGUUGGGUGGAGGGAACUAGGCAAAAAGAGGGGGGUAGGUAAAAAAAAAAAAAAAGAACCUACAGAAAACAAAAGUUGCUUAGUUCUGAGGAGCAGGACUGAACCGUUGAAGCUGGGGCUGCAUUGCCGAGGCUCACACACAACUAGCCAGGAAUCCUGUAUUCAUGAGUUUAAAAGUACUGUAUAGUUAUUUUUAAUGAUUUGCCCCUUAAGUGAUUUUAAAAGGGGAGAGCUAUACCUGCCAGUGUUUUUUUUUUUUUUUGCUGCACAAUUGGUGGGACCACUGUUCACCCUUUUAAUUCAAUUCAUUGUAGAAAGCAAGAGUUGCAAUGCUGGUUUUAAAAUAACAUGUAUUAAACUGCAGUAAAGUCAUUUUUGCAGCCCACUGAGUGUCUGAAGUUUGUGUAUUCAGUGGCUUUGACUCACUGUGGCUCCCUUUCAACGGAGGUACCAGAGGUUGUCUAUUUUCCAGCAGGUAUGUGUAUCUUGUUUUAAGAGAACACAAACCCUUCUCAGUGGUGCAUACUACUGGUGAUCCAGUUCAGUACUCCUGAUGGGUUGAGUUGAUUUUGUUGCUAGCACAGUUCCUGUGGGUCAGAGCAUAUUUCAGUAGUGGUGGCUAGACCAGCUACUGCCAUUUAUAUAGACCAGGGAUGGGCAACUGCCCCCUCCCCCCCAUUUUUGUUGUUGAAGGAACAGUGUGGGUCUCAAUUUACUGUGGCGUUAGAAUAUGCAAUUUUGAAAUUUGGUUGUGCAUCAGCAGUUUCUCUUAUGACAGUCAUUCAAUUAUCCCAUGUUGGCAAAAUUUUUUUGGGGGGGAUUGGUAAAUUAGUCUAAGCCAGCUCUCUAAACUUGUGAUCAUGGUUGAAUUACCGACCGGGGACCCCCAUUGAUCAUCAGAAACUGCAAACAUGUCUCCACCCUUUGGCAAAAUGUUUGCAGGAAAUUAGCUGUAACACUGCACAUUUCUCUCCACCCCAUGGCAAAAGGAGUACAAUUGCAUGAAAUUAAAGUAGCAGAAUGUGUAGAAUUGCAGGAAAUUAACUUCUAAUUUAUCUUCGCUGUCAAGAGAGCUGCUAAAUUGUUUUGCUCGCUGGGUGGGGGGCUCAGGUCUGCUCUGACAAUCUGUGGGUCUGGAUGUUUAAGCAGAUCUGUGAGCCACUGCGGCCCCUCGUGAGUUUUGGGUGGCCCCUACCCCCCCAUCAAUUGCCUAUCCCUAAUAGACAUUCCUAUUGACAGAUGUAGUUUGAGAUGGAAAGCAUUUGUUGGAGUAGCUGCGAAUGCCCAAAUGUCUAUAGAGCUUAGGUUUGUUUUCUCCCUGAAAAAUGUGUACAAAGUGCAUUUACUACCACUAUCUCCAUUCUAAACUUUUGUAUACAGUUGAUACGUUUUCAGAUUAAACGUGACCCUGGCAUUAAAGUUGUGGAUCUAGCUUUAUUUUACU